UUUUCAAUCCCUCCUGUUCAUCUAGCAAGGUUUGGCAAAGUUUGGUCACGCAAACAUGGCGGGUGUGCUGUUGAGGAGAUCCUACAGAAACCAGAUUCCUUAUCUGGUGGGCCGUAUGUGUUAUUCCUCCACUGUGCCAACAACAAAGCUGUUUAUUGAUGGGAAAUUCAUUGACUCAAAGACGUCAGAAUGGCUUGACAUCAGGAAUCCGGCUACAAAUGAAGUGUGUGGUCGAGUCCCAAAGGCCACGAAGGAUGAAAUGGAAGCAGCAGUGAAAUCUUGUAAGCGAGCAUUUAAUUCCUGGUCAGAGACAUCAGUGUUGAGCCGACAACAGAUCUUUCUCCGUUACCAACAACUGAUCAAAGAUAACAUGAAAGAAAUUGCAAAGCUGAUCACAAAGGAACAGGGGAAAACCCUUGCAGAUGCUGAGGGUGAUGUAUUCAGAGGGCUACAGGUUGUGGAAUAUGCCUGCUGUGUGACAUCACUGCUUCUAGGAGAAACUUUACCUUCCAUCACAAAAGACAUGGACACGUUCACAUACCGCCUCCCGUUGGGAGUGUCUGCGGGAAUUACUCCCUUUAACUUCCCUGCUAUGAUUCCACUCUGGAUGUUCCCCAUGGCAAUGGUGUGUGGAAACACGUUUUUGCUCAAACCAUCUGAGAGUGUUCCUGGAGCAUCCAUGAUGCUCGCAAAGCUGUUACAAGAUGCAGGCGCACCUGAUGGGACAUUAAACAUUAUUCACGGACAGCAUGCAGCUGUUGACUUCAUCUGUGACCACCCUGACAUUAAAUCAAUCAGCUUUGUUGGAUCCAAUCGGGCUGGUGAAUACAUCUAUGAGAGGGGAUCAAAGCAUGGCAAACGAGUCCAGUCCAACAUGGGUGCGAAGAACCACGGGGUAGUGAUGCCUGAUUCAAACAAAGAAAACACCUUGAAUCAACUCGUUGGGGCAGCUUUUGGGGCAGCAGGGCAACGCUGUAUGGCUCUCUCCACAGCUGUCUUGGUAGGAGAUGCAAAAGCUUGGCUUCCAGAGCUGGUGGAAAAAGCCAAGAAGCUCAUCGUUACUGCAGGGGACCAGCCUGGAGCUGACAUUGGGCCGUUGAUCUCGCCUCAGGCAAAGAAACGAGUGUGUGACCUUGUCCAGAGUGGGAUUGAUGAGGGUGCCACUCUUCUGUUAGACGGCAGAGGGAUUCAAGUGAAAGGCUAUGAAAAAGGCAACUUCGUUGGACCAACUGUCUUGGCAAAUGUCAAGCCUCACAUGAAAUGUUACACAGAAGAGAUCUUUGGGCCAGUUCUUGUGGUACUGGAGGCCAACACCUUAGAUGAAGCUAUUGAUAUCGUAAACAGCAACCCUUAUGGAAAUGGAACUGCCAUCUUCACUACAAAUGGGGCCACAGCCCGAAAGUACUCUAACCUGGUGGAUGUGGGUCAGAUUGGUGUGAAUGUACCGAUUCCUGUCCCCCUCCCAAUGUUCUCGUUCACUGGCUCUCGUGCCUCUUUCAGAGGAGAUAUAAACUUCUAUGGCAGACAGGGCAUACAGUUCUACACACACAUUAAGACGGUCAUCUCACAGUGGAAAGCAGAAGAUGCAACACUGACCGGUCCUGCUGUAGUCAUGCCAACCAUGGGUCGCUAAUUCAAGUCAUCUGACAAAAGUCAUUUUCAUUGCUGUGGACAUUGAUUGUGUAAUUAAUAUAAAGAAAGGAUCUUUGAGGACUGUUGCAAUAAAUCCGUUUUUUUUUUUGGGGGGGGGGGCUGGAAGGAAGAACUGUGCUGGUUUCUGUAAACACCUAGGAGGAAUGUUUUACAGUGGGGUGUUUAGUGUGCUGCAGCAGUCUGACGUGGUGCAGGUUCUCCAGUGUUAUCUAUAAGCUCCUUUCAGACUCGCAGCAUCUUGUUUAACACUACUAAAGCUUUUACCACAGACUGUGAAGCACUAACUUUAACUUCUGAAGUUUUCAGCCCAGUUCCUUGUUUAUUUUUGCCAUAUUCAUACCAGUGGGAUGUUGUGAAAUCGUAGUACAAUUUAACUGUGUUACAUAAAUGCACUUGCUACUGGCCGAGUGCUGUCCUUUCAUAAGCUACAGUGAAACUGACAUUUAAAUGUGAUCGAACACUAUUUUAGGACUAGAACUGACUGCUGAGUACAGUAUUUCCACAACUGGUGGUCCUUUUAGCAGUUAUCAGAACUGUUUCCCCACCUUAGGAACAUUAAUCGUGAAUCCAAAAACACUGAUUGUAACUGGUCUAAAAAUAGCACAUUGUGCUUCACUCAAAUAAAUAAAUAAAUAAAACAUCCAUUUCUUUUAUGUAUGUCUACAGCUAAAAUGAAAUGUAAUGUGUUGUUUUGCAACAAAGUGCACCUGUUUUGAGGCCUUAUUUGCUGCUUAGUUGUGGUUCUCGGUGACUGUACAACAGAACUUUAAAGUUUUGUUAUCUCUAAAUGCAGCUGAUACAUUCAAAAUGUCGUUUCCAUGGUGCCACAGAAGAAAUUUCAAAUAAAACGUUCAGUAAAUAGUA